GGGCCUGCCCUCAGGCCCCCGGGGCUCGGCGCCGCCGCCCAGAGGCUCGCGCCCUCCCGUCGCUCCGGGACCCGCCCGCCGCGUCCCCUGGGCAACCGUCUCCAGGGAGACCGGGCCCCGCCCCCGGCAUCGACACCCGACAGAUAAGGAGCUCAGAGUCAGGCAAGGGCGGAAUGACGCUCAUUGAUCCCAAAGCAUCUUUAAUCUGCCAGGCAGAGGGACCUUUGCUGCUGGUCUUUCUUGGACCAUUCCAGAGAGGACGAUUGGUAUCCGAGAAUUAAAAGAGCAGGAUGCCCCCCGGGGUUGACUGCCCCAUGGAAUUCUGGACCAAGGAGGAGAAUCAGAGCGUGGCUGUUGAUUUCUUGCUGCCCACGGGGGUCUAUCUGAACUUCCCUGUGUCCCGAAAUGCCAACCUCAGCACCAUCAAGAAGGUGUUGUGGCACCGAGCCCAGUAUGAGCCGCUGUUCCACAUGCUCAGUGACCCCGAGGCCUACGUGUUCACCUGCGUCAACCAGACCGCGGAGCAGCAGGAGCUGGAGGACGAGCAGCGGCGGCUGUGCGACAUCCAGCCCUUCCUGCCCGUCCUGCGCCUGGUGGCCCGCGAGGGUGACCGGGUGAAGAAGCUCAUCAACUCGCAGAUCAGCUUGCUCAUCGGCAAAGGCCUCCACGAGUUUGACUCCUUGCAAGACCCGGAGGUGAAUGACUUCCGAGCCAAGAUGCGCCAGUUCUGCGAGGAGGUGGCCGCGCACCGGCAGCAGCUGGGCUGGGAGGCCUGGCUGCAGUACAGCUUCCCCCUGCAGCUGGAGCCCUCGGCGCGGAGCUGGGGGCCGGGCACCCUGCGCGUCCCCAACCGGGCCCUGCUCGUCAACGUCAAGUUCGAGGGCAGCGAGGAGAGCUUCACCUUCCAGGUGUCCACCAAGGAUGUGCCCCUGGCACUGAUGGCCUGCGCGCUCCGGAAGAAGGCCACGGUGUUCCGGCAGCCGCUGGUGGAGCAGCCCGAGGACUACACACUGCAGGUGAACGGGAAGCACGAGUACCUGUACGGCAGCCACCCCCUCUGCCAGUUCCAGUACAUCUGCAGCUGCCUGCACAGCGGGCUGACCCCCCACCUGACCAUGGUGCACUCCUCUUCCAUCCUCGCCAUGCGGGAUGAGCAGAGCAACCCCGCCCCCCAAGUCCAAAAGCCACGCGCCAAACCGCCCCCCAUUCCUCUGAAGAAGCCCGCCUCGGUGUCCCUGUGGUCCCUGGAGCAGCCUUUCUGCAUCGAGCUGAUCCAGGGCAGCAAAGUGAAUGCCGAUGAGCGGAUGAAGCUGGUGGUGCAGGCCGGCCUCUUCCACGGCAACGAGACGCUGUGCAAGACGGUGUCCAGCUCGGAGGUGAGCGUGUGCUCAGAGCCUGUGUGGAAGCAGCGGCUGGAGUUCGACAUCAACAUCUGCGACCUACCGCGCAUGGCCCGCCUCUGCUUUGCGCUCUACGCCGUGAUCGAGAAGGCCAAGAAGGCUCGCUCCACCAAGAAGAAGUCCAAGAAGGCGGACUGCCCCAUCGCCUGGGCCAACCUCAUGCUGUUUGAUUACAAGAACCAGCUCAAGACCGGCGAGCGCUGCCUCUACAUGUGGCCCUCCGUCCCAGACGAGAAAGGGGAGCUACUGAACCCCUGUGGGACCGUGCGGAGUAACCCCAACACUGAGAGCGCAGCCGCCCUUGUCAUCUUUCUCCCUGAGGUGGCCCCCCACCCUGUAUACUACCCUGCCCUGGACAAGAUCCUAGAGCUGGGGCGGCAUGGGGAGCACGGGCGCUUCACGGAGGAGGAGGUGAGCUGGGGGCCGUGGGCGGUGGGGCGUGGACCUGGCUGCAGCCCUCACCGCCCCCCCACCUCCACCUGUGCCCCUCAGCAGCUGCAGCUGCGGGAGAUCCUGGAACGCCGGGGGUCCGGGGAGCUAUACGAGCACGAGAAGGACCUGGUGUGGAAGAUGCGGCACGAGAUCCAGGAGCACUUCCCCGAGGCGCUGGCCCGGUUGCUGCUGGUCACCAAGUGGAACAAGCACGAGGACGUGGCCCAGAUGCUCUACCUGCUGUGCUCCUGGCCCGAGCUGCCCGUCCUGAGCGCCCUGGAGCUGCUGGACUUCAGCUUCCCUGACCGCCACGUGGGCUCCUUUGCCAUCAAGUCCCUGCGGAAACUGACGGAUGACGAGCUUUUCCAGUACCUGCUGCAGCUGGUGCAGGUGCUCAAGUACGAGUCCUACCUCGACUGCGAGCUGACCAAAUUCCUGCUGGACCGGGCCCUGGCCAAUCGCAAGAUCGGCCACUUCCUCUUCUGGCACCUGCGCUCCGAGAUGCACGUGCCCUCGGUGGCCCUGCGCUUCGGCCUCAUCAUGGAGGCCUACUGCAGGGGCAGCACCCAUCACAUGAAGGUGCUGAUGAAGCAGGGGGAAGCGCUGAGCAAGCUGAAAGCCCUGAACGACGUCGUCAAAGUGAGCUCCCAGAAGACCACCAAGCCCCAGACCAAGGAGCUGAUGCACCUGUGCAUGCGCCAGGAGACCUACCUGGAGGCCCUCUCCCACCUGCAGUCCCCGCUCGACCCCAGCACCCUGCUGGCUGAAGUCUGCGUGGAGCAGUGCACCUUCAUGGACUCCAAGAUGAAGCCCCUGUGGGUCCUGUACAGCAAUGAGGAGGCGGGCAGCGAUGGCACCGUGGGCAUCAUCUUUAAGAACGGGGACGACCUCCGCCAGGACAUGCUGACCCUGCAGAUGAUCCAGCUGAUGGACGUUCUGUGGAAGCAGGAGGGCUUGGACCUGAGGAUGACCCCUUACGGCUGCCUCUCCACCGGGGACCACACAGGCCUCAUCGAGGUGGUGCUUCACUCAGACACCAUCGCCAACAUCCAGCUGAACAAGAGCAACAUGGCGGCCACGGCUGCCUUCAACAAGGAUGCUCUGCUCAACUGGCUCAAGUCCAAGAACCCUGGGGAGGCCCUGGAUCGAGCCAUUGAGGAGUUCACCCUCUCCUGCGCUGGCUACUGUGUGGCCACAUACGUGCUGGGCAUCGGCGAUCGGCACAGCGACAACAUCAUGAUCCGAGAGAACGGGCAGCUGUUCCACAUUGAUUUCGGCCACUUUCUGGGGAAUUUCAAGACCAAGUUUGGAAUCAACCGUGAGCGAGUCCCGUUCAUCCUCACCUAUGACUUUGUGCACGUGAUCCAGCAGGGGAAGACGAAUAAUAGUGAGAAAUUUGAAAGGUUCCGGGGCUACUGUGAAAGGGCCUACACCAUCCUGCGGCGCCACGGGCUGCUCUUUCUCCACCUCUUUGCCCUCAUGCGGGCGGCAGGCCUGCCUGAGCUCAGCUGCUCCAAAGACAUCCAGUACCUCAAGGAUUCUCUGGCAUUGGGGAAGACGGAGGAGGAGGCUCUAAAGCACUUCCGGGUGAAGUUUAACGAAGCCCUCCGGGAGAGCUGGAAAACCAAAGUGAACUGGCUGGCCCACAACGUGUCCAAAGAUAACAGGCAAUAGCAGCCCGUCCAAGCCCUGGGCCUGGAGACAACCGAGCUGUCAGUCUUGGGAGCCGGGCACCCUCGGCCACCCUCCGGGACCUGAAAGGCUGGACGGCAUCCUUGGGAAAGAACCUACACAACUGCCUUUUGUUUACACUGGUUAUUUAUUUAUGACUUGAAAUGUUUCGGGAACUAAACAGCCAUACAUGGAAAUGUACCCUAAUGUGGGGAGGGGCACCGUCCUCCCACUUCCCCAUCCAAGCCCUGGGCUUUGAUGGGGAGACACUGUGAACCCGGCACCUCGAGGCCGCAUCUCGCCGAGGAUCUGUGACCUCAAGUCUUCCAGCUGGUGGGUCUGGAGCCGGCAGAGAUGAUUCUCCCGUCCGGGAGCUGCCUCCUCCCCAGGCUCCUGCCGUGCUACACCGGUCCUGGUGCCUGGCAGUGACCCGGUACCUGCUGUCCAGACAGGGCACCCACGCCUGUUCACCCCCUGCGUGCCCUCCACUGACUGAGUUCUGGGCAGCCCCCAGAGGAGGCCUGGGUACCCUCUAGAUUCAGGGAUGAUUGCUUUCCACUUUUUUUUUUUUUUUUUUGCGGUACGCGGGCCUCUCACUGCUGUGGCCUCUCCCGUUACGGAGCACAGGCUCCGGACGCGCAGGCUCAGCGGCCAUGGCUCACGGGCCCAGCCGCUCCGCGGCACGUGGGAUCUUCCCGGACCGGGGCACGAACCCGUGUCCCCUGCAUCGGCAGGCGGACUCCCAACCACUGCACCACCAGGGAAGCCCUGCUUUCCACUUUUAAAGCGACUCCUGGGUACGGGAAUUCAUCUCUGCUGUAAAGUGACUUUGUUUGCGGGUGAGAAAAAAAAUAGCCAAACUACUUUACUGAACCUCUACGGCUCGGGAGAGAGGCGCCAGCGCCCAUCACAUAUAGCGCACGCUGGUCCUCGAGACACAUUAAAAAGGCCUGAGCUUGAUUUAGCUCAUCCUGGUCAUGGAUCAAGACACAAGCAGGUGCGAGUACUUUGUGCAAUUGUAUGUGACCUCCCUCCUCCUAAAGCAGGUUUUAGGUCACGAAAGACCUGAUCUCCUCUCCACAACGCUCACCUUUGAGAACCUGCUCCCAGUACCCAGGCAGCAGAAGCGUGAGAGUUAGGGGUGUGGUGGCAUCUUUUCCUCUGACGGUACUUAGCUUGAAAGGAUUCAGGCUCAGCCUUAGGUGCGUCUGAGGAGCUUGAGAAAUGCAGGUUCCCGGGCCUCCCUCAGCCUUCUGGAGCCAACUCUGGAGAUGGGGCUAAGAACCUGGGCUUCUGGAAGCCCACAGGUGAGCUUCAUGUAUUAGCAGCCGACUCGGGACCCACAGGGGCGACACCACUUACCUCUCAAAAGGCUUUGCACGGCUCAGCAGAGCCAGAAGUAGCUGCCCUGUCAGCAGCCCUGGUGCACGGCUUCCAGAAGAGUCCAGGUGCCAACUCUGUUUCUUGGUUCACGAGAGGUGGCCGAGAGGCACUGCCCAUAGCAAUCCAUGCCACCCACAGAGCCCCACUGACCAGACUCUGGUUCCCAACUAAGUGCUGAAUUCAUCAGACCCAUCCACCUGUUUGGAAAUAGGAAAAGCCGAGAGUACGUCUACUUGUUAUUUAUUUGGACGAGUCUGUGCUUCGUGGUGUGGGCAGCACACUGCAUAUACACAGCAAUAGCCGGUCGGGUGCAUGGCCUGUGUGCCUGACGAGAAGAGUAUUUUCUAUUUUUUUUAAAUCAUUUGAUGUUUCUGUAUGGGAAAGGUGAGUUCAGCGUAACUGACGUAGGUUCAACAGUCUGAAACCUUGAAAUGAGAGGUAAAAACAGAUUAAAAGAAAUAAAAUCC